AUGGCUGCAUUAAUUGGACAUUUAUCUGGAUUUGAUGGCAAUUCAGAAUCAUGGACAUGCUAUCAAGAACGUUUAGAGCAGUACUUUUUAGUAAAUGAAAUAGACGAUGAGAAAAAAGUUCCAGCUUUAUUAACUUUACUUGGAGAAAAAACUUACGGGUUACUUCGAAAUUUGACAUCACCGGACAAACCUUCAACACAGUCGUAUGACGAUCUUUGUGAAUUAUUGAAUAAACAUCUUAACCCAAAGCCAUUGAUUAUAGCUGAACGAUUUAGAUUUCACAAACGAAACCAAGCGGCGGGUGAAAGUGUAAAUGAUUAUGUAACUACACUGAGGAAAUUGGCAGAACAUUGCGAUUUCCAAGCCAGCCUAAACGAUACGUUAUGGGACCGCUUAGUUUGUGGACUUAAAGAUGAGCACAUACAGCAUAAACUAUUGUCGAUGGAAGACUUAAGUUUAAAGAAGGCUGUUGAAACAGCGGUUGCUAUGGAAACAGCAACGAGGGACGCCGCAGAACUUCAGUCGUUGACCGCAAGUGUAAAUAAGGUUGAGAAAAGGAAACCUUCGAGAAGAGUUAAACACAGGCCACGGCAAAAACCGGCGACCGCAAACUCGACCGGGAAACAAUACGGAAAAUGCAUUCACUGUGGUAAAGAUAAUCAUGCAUCUUUCAAAUGCCGAUUUAAGAAUGCCAUUUGCCAUGCAUGUAAUGCACAUGGACACAUAAAAAGUAUUUGUCUGAAAUCACGUGCACGAGACGUACAUGCCAUGAACAACGACGACGUUCCUGUGAUGAGUAUAAAUUCUGUGGCCAAAGGUUCGAGCAGGAAAAUCACCAUCACACCAGAAAUAGACGACAGACCUAUACAAAUGGAAGUCGAUACGGGCUCAGCUGUUUCUCUGAUGUCAAGAGAAGAGUUCCAGAAGUGUUUUGGAAAUGUUACAUUGGAUAAGCCCACAUCAGUGUUAAAGACAUAUUCUGGUGAAGAAAUACAGCAAGCCGGAACAAAACUGGUAAAUGUAAGAUACAAUGGACUGUCAAAAUCGCUGAAACUGUGUAUUGUCAUGGGCAACAGUCCCGCAUUGUUUGGACGGGACUGGAUGAAUGAAAUUGUAUUGGACUGGUCACGUAUUGUACAUGUGAAUUCAAUUGAUGAUCACUCAACACAAACACGUAUAACCGAUAUUAUGAAGCGAUAUGAGUCAGUGUUUUCCGACGGUAUCGGGAAAGUUAAAGAUAUUAAAGCAACGCUAUCUGUCAAAGAGAAUGCUUCACCGAAAUUCGUAAAAGCUAGGCCAGUACCAUAUUCGUUAAAGCCGAAAAUAGAAAAGGAAUUAGACAUCCUAGAAGAACAGGGCAUUAUUACGAAAGUGAAUACAUCAGAAUGGGCUACACCUAUUGUGCCCGUUGUUAAAUCUUCGGGAGGAGUUAGAAUUUGUGGAGAUUUCAAAGUCACCGUAAAUCAAGUUAUAAAUGUAGAUAAAUACCCACUUCCGAGAAUAGAGGGCAUUUUCGCGAAUUUGGCAAAUGGAAAGAAAUAUUCAAAGUUGGAUUUACGCCAAGCAUAUCUUCAAUUGGAGUGCGAUGACAAAACAAAAGAAAUGUUAACGAUUAACACUCACAAAGGUCUAUAUUCUUAUAAUAGAUUGACAUAUGGAGUAUCAUCAGCACCUGCAAUAUGGCAAUUAAAGAACAAUUGA